AUGGAGAAUUCCCUCACCAACCAACCUCACGAGCUCAUUCCUCGGCAACACGAGUUCCCAUCAUACCAGUGGGAGAGCGAUUGGGAGGAUUUCGAGCUACACUGGUCGCUCUACGAUGAUCUAGAAGGAGAUGAAGAACCCGAAGAGGAGGACGACUUCUAUACUGACGGUGACUCCUGUUCUGAUAUUGAUCUGUGCGACGAAGCUGAUGGUUCUUACAGUGUCGGUGAUGAGUGGAUGCAAGAUUGUGUCGAGUUUGUACAUUUUGGGAGGGGGAUGGUGUUUGAUGGGGAGGGGUGGGUUUGGGAGGAGGAUGUGGAUUUGUGGUCUAAAUGA